GUCUUGGCAACGCGUCCUCCUCUGCCAGCUGCACUUUCCAUUAUCAAUGCAAUCAUCCGCAACGAAUACACACAUCAUCCCAGCAUAAUGUCGCGCUCCAACGACGCCGGCCACUUCUUCCAAACCACCGAAGCCCUCGCCACCAGCGAGCGCAAAACGGCGAAAGCGAGCAACAAGCGCGGCAAACCCAUCAAACUUCCCUCCAAAAUCCUCGCGGCGCGAGCAGAUCCAGACAACGAUGCGUGCAUCUAUGUUGCGGAAGCGGCGGGGGAGAUUAAGCGGGUGAAUGUGGAUACGGGUGAAGUGCGCAAGGUGUUUGCUCAAGGAGUCGCGCCUCUGCCCAGCCUUGCUAUCUGCACGCACUCGCAGUCCGUCUUUGCCGGCUGCUGGGACAAGAACAUCUAUCAAAUCCGUCUCUGGGACCGGCGACUCGUGCGAACGCUGCAGGGGCACACGGACUUUGUGAAAUGUCUACUGUCAACUACACUCAACGGCAAGCCGAUUUUGGUCUCCGGCGGCGCCGACGCAACCAUUAUCAUCUGGGACGUGGAAUUCAGCAAACCAUUGCACAAGCUCAAGGGCCACACGAAAUCGCUGCAGGCGCUCGCGAUCGAUCCGCGCAGUGUGUACGAAGGCACGGGCAUCGACGCAGGCUUCGUCCUCUUCUCCGCCAGCAGCGACCGCGAAAUCCGCAGGUGGCAUAUUUCGUACUGCGGGGCGCGCGAAUUCUCCGACUCGAUCGCGAAGCCCAUCCUCGCGCACGACACGAGCGUGUACAGUCUGUGCUUCGACAGCGAGGGGGAUUUGUGGACUGCGUCGGCGGACAAGACGGCGAAGCAUCUCGUGCGGACGCGAGACUGGGAGGCGGAUACCGUUUUGCCGCACCCGGAUUUCGUGCGAGAUGUGGUUGUUGCGGAGCGGUUGGGUGUCGUCGUUACUGCGUGUCGGGACGAGGAUGUGAGGGUUUGGGAUAUUGCGUCUGGAGACUUGGUGUGUGCGUUUUCGGGGCAUUUUGAGGAGGUGACGGCGCUUGUGUUGCUGGGUAAGGGAAGCAGGGUGGCUAGUGUGAGUAUUGAUGGGACGAUUAGGAGUUGGGGGUUGACGGGGCAAGAGAUUGCGUCGUAUCAGGAGGAGUUGAAGCGAGAGGCUGACGGUCUGGAUGCUGGGGAGGGAGAUGUUCAAGCGAAACAAGGUGUAUUGACGGCGGAAGAGGAAGCGGAGCUUGCCGAGUUGAUGGACGACGACGAUUGAUAGACACAAAUCUCAUCUUUUGCACA